UGGAUAUCGUUUAUCAAAUAACCUAUAAGUUUUACUACUUAUAUUAUUCAUAAAAAAGAUUAAGUUACAUUAUGUUUUGUCACCAUCGCGCUUUACAAAAUUUGGCAUUGUCAGAACGAGAUAAAACAUACUUUAGUAUUAAAAGUAUGCUUUAUCUUUUAUAUGAAUAAUAGGGUUAUAAUAUACCAGUUUUAUAAAAAUGUAUCCGCGCUUGGAGCGUUGUUGGUCAAGUGUUUAAGACCGUCCGCCUGUGAAAAGCUUGUGAAAGGUCCGCGCCUAAAGGUCUCAGGUUCGAAUCCUACUCGUGCUACAGGGGUUGUUUACACCAAUCUUAUGAGUUAUGGACAGCACUAACUAAUAAUUAAAUAUUAAAACACAGGACACAGUAUAAUAUAUUUUCAAUAGGUUGUUACAAGAACAGAGCUAGCACCUCUAUUGGUGCUUUCUAACACCUCUUAUAAUUUUUAAUACAUUUCAGACACGUAUUUAGGAUAGGUAUUAAACAUUUAAUAUGAUUUAACAAAUCUGAUCCAUGUAAGUAUAGUACUUAGUUGCCAUAGAUCACCACUAGCCUCCGGUGAAAGAAAACUUCGCCAGGAAACCUGCACACUGGUUAACAGUUUAAGUUCAUAGUUUGUAUGCGAUUACUUGCGACACUAGACGCGGUAUGAAGUCAUAAAAGUCAUGUCAGAUGCCUUUAGGCGACUUGAAUAAAAUAUGACACCAUUGUUAGCAAUAAAUAUAGUAAAGAAGACGUUCUUUUGUUUUUAUCUAAUGAUUUUCACGUGUGUAAUUGUGGCAAGGAGUAAACUUAAUAAGGUAUCUGUCUAAAACUCUUCUUUUCUAUCAUCUAUUUAAACUAAAAGGUACUUCUUCAUAAAAUUUUCGACGUUAAAGACGGAUCUACCUUAUUCAUAGACGGACUAAGUCGCAUUUCGCCGAAUAGCCUUCCAUUAUAGCUCCUAAAUCUUUCCAUUAUAACUCCAAAUUUUUCAACUAUUUAAACGUCAUUUUUCGUUAACAAGUGUAGUUUUUAUUCUUUUUUAAGUAUUAAAAUUGUUAUUAAGUAAUAAAAUUUAUAAAUAGUCAUGAUAUAAAGUUCUUACACACAACAACUUAAAACGGAAUAUUUACGGUAGGAUGUCGCUGGUAAAAGAUAAAUAAUCGAUUAUUAAUAAUUGUGGAUACAUUUUUAUAGCAGGACAUCAUAAUAUAACGACGUGUAGCAAAUUUUUUUUAUAAUACUAAUCGGCAUCAAGCAUGUGGAAAAGCAAAAAAGACUGCCAGGCUAAUGCGAGCCGCUGCCGUCUACUCUUCACCACCUCGUGGGCGGUGAUCGUGCUCCUGGUGCACCUACCAUUGGGGGAACUACAAACAACUUCAAUACCUACCUCCCCCGUCACCACCGCCACCACCACCACCGUCACCACCACAUACUACACUACCACGCCCCCAGAGCCCAACUGGUUGGUUAAAAUCGCGUUAAAAGUGACUGAUAUGUCCUCAAAGAGGAAGCGUGAGUGGAAGAGGGUAGGUGAUUCUAUAUUAGAUCACAUAUCUUUCGUCACCUCCAGGUUUCAUGUCAAGGCCCAAAACUAUCUGAAUUUGGCUCGUGCCAAUCUAAUGGGGCUCCGGAGAGCCAAGUUGGACCGCCGUACUAUAGUCUCAAGAACUGAAAACUCCACCGACCAGGAUCAAAUUCUCGUGGACAAAGAUCGUGGUAGCCCAUGGGUUCAGAGAACGGUGGAGAACACGCGAACCUCCGCCUCCGCCGGCACUACGGACGUCCAGAAGGGUGACUACACCACGCGUCAAGAUCAGGUCAGCUAUAGUGCACACGAGGUUAAUACGGCACUGGAGAAACACAACGACAUCAAAAAGGCACAGGAAACCAGUACACUACACACGUAGACGAGAAUUACUGCCAGGCACUAUAAGCUCCAUUUUUUUGGGAAAUUCCGAACGAAAAAAGGAACCCUUGUAGUUUCUUCAUGUCUGUCUGUCCACCCGUCAUCGGCUUAGCUCGGAGACUAUAUUAGAAAAAUGUAAUUUGGUAGAGAUGUACGUAUUAAGAAAGCGGACAUAACUGUAAAUAUAUAUUUUGCGGUAGGUACAUCCCAUAGACCUAAAAGUGGAAGUUCUUUGAUGUGUUUAGUGUGAGUGAUAAUAUUAUGAAUGUUGAUAGAUCACUUUUUAAUUAGGCCUCUGUUUGUGAAAUGUUUUACAUGAAAUAAUCACUAUUUAUGAAUUGUUUUAUAAAAUAAAUAAAUUGUACUUAUUAUUAGUUAUGUGUUCCUUCCCUUAUCCUAACUAACCAUAAUAGUACUUAGCAGAUAUAGGGUGGGAUGCACCGUCAACUUUAAGUGGGCAGAAAAACGCUAAGUAUUUUGUCAAAACGUCAGCGGCGGGCCGGUUAAAGUCAAUGUUAGAUAUGACCGUGCAACUCACUCCU